UUACUCUGCAUUGUCUAAUGCCCUGUUACGAAACCACGUUGGAGACAAGAAGAAUGAGAGAGUUUGUUGUUGGCUUUCACUGAGGCUGGAGCAGAGGCUCAGCACUGCCCUGCCAGUCCCUCCUGCCUGUGAGGUGCUCUCCUUGCUCUCCUGCCUCUGUUGGGUUUGUAUCCUGGUAACUUCACUUGUGCUCAGGUGCAGAGAACUCCCUGUGGUCCCUGGAGCUCUGGGAAGCAUGAACAAAACUCACCCCCAGAGAAACGGUGAUGUAGCUACUUUUGGUUCAACAGAGUCCUUCUCUGGAGAAAGAGGUAGCUGCUGCCAUCCCUGUGGUGCCCGCUGCCACCCACGUGGUGCCCGCCCUGGCUGCACACAGAGGCACCUCUGCAUCUCUGCCCUGGCACUGCUCGUCCUCACGGCCGCCGUGGCCUCGGGGGUGGCAGCCCUGGCACUCCUGCCACGGGCACCAGUGACCCGCCUCUGCACAGCCCCUAAUAACAGGACAGGCUUCUUGUGUGACGAUAGAGUGACUUGUGUCCCAGCCAGCUGGGUCUGUGACAGAGUCAGCAACUGCAGGAACGGAGAGGAUGAGCAGGAGCAGCUCUGUGGUGACUUGCCCCAGAGCCUCCCAGGGUACCUGGUUUUCUACUGCAGCAGCCCCAGAUCCUGGGUUUAUGCUGACCAGAGGUGUAACGGGAUGAACGACUGCGGGGACUGCUCUGACGAGACGUGGAGCUGGGCCGCCUGCCCCCCGUGUGGGCAGGAGUGGUGGAGCUGCAGCCCCGUGCACUUCGAGUUCUGCUCCUGCAUCCCCCGGAGGCUGUGCCGGGACGGCAUCCAGCACUGCCGGGGCUGGUCCGACGAGUUCCUCUGCCCAGCCUGAAUCCUGGUGCCCAUCCCUGCUGGGGACAGCAGGGUGCUUCCCACACGUCACCCUGGAGCCUCGGGGUCCUGCCCUGCCACCUGCUUGGGAAGCUGCAGCCAAGCAAAUCCUCCUCUCAGCGCAGUGACACCCAGCAGGGCCUGUGGCAGCCCUGGGCUGGACGCUGGCUGUGGGACAGCUGCCAGGAGUCCUGCCAUGUCAAGGGGACACUUCCUUCGUGGGCAGCACUGGGCUGGGCUGGAGAGGCAUCACCAGGCACGGCUGGCACAGCCCUGGGCCAGGGCUUCCUCCUCUCUGGACACCCUGGGGCAGGCGGCCCCCCGAGAGCUGCCCUGAGCAGCAGGAGCUGGGUGGGGUGAGGUGAACACAGCUCCAUAGUCCUGAUCUCCACUGGCAGCUCCUGUUUGUGCUCAGAACACGUCUGCAGGUGGCUUCAGCAGUGACUCUGAGGGCUCUGUGCUGACGCUCCUGGGACACUUCCUUGGGAAUGCUGUGCUGGGGUGACACUGUGGGCUGUCACCUGAGCUGGGAGUGACAGCUGGGGAGCUGCUGCUCAGGCCACCUCCUGCUCUCUUCUCAAACCAUGAAGGCCAACACAGGGAGUGUAAUGGCUUGGAAAACUGGAGAAGUUUCAGGGCUUGGGGGGAUAAAUCAUGUCCCUGUAACAGAGUAGCUGUCCCUGAGAGCUGGGGCAGGGAAGCAGCAUGUAAAUAACCUGCUCUUCACUCAGGGCUGUGCAGUUUUGCAGCAGCAGCAGGCUGAGAACAGCCAUGGAGCUGGGAUGGGUCUCUCUGAAGCUGGCAAAGCAAGGAGGAAAAGGAAGUGUCAGCCUUGGAGCAGAGAGCAGCAGAAAAUCGAGUGCUGCUCCCAGCGUGGUGUGGGAUGACACUGGAUCUGUUUCCUCCUUGGUUUGUUCCUCUGCCAGCAGGGCACAGUCGGGCAGCCAAGCCUUCCAAGCAGUCCUCAGGAUGUAGGUGUUGACAUGACACUGAAAUUUAAGAAAGAUGAGGUUUUCUCUGCUCCUUUGAAAAUAUCAUCUGUGUCUAAAACAUCGAGGAAAACCCCACAUUUACAGUGAGUACUCUUACUUUUCUAGGCCCAAAAAAAUCCCAUGAGGUGAUCUUGUUCCCAUUGCCACCUCAGGUCAUAGAUAUUUAAAAAUAAACCCUUGUUCACUCA